AGUGAAGCAUGUCUACUACGUCACAGAUUUUGACAGAUACAGUACAUGUAUGACACGACACACGCUUUUCAAAAAAGAAAUACAAUGUGAUAACUGUUGUACAGUAUAUAGAAAAUGUCGGAGAUUACCAUUGCGAUAAAAUAGUAUUUUCAUCAGAUGAAUCCUUUUUAACCGUCAACAAUGUGGAUGAUAUGUGACAACAUGCGGGGCUUCAUGGCUUCCCGGCCACCCUUAGUUUUGUUCAUGCUGUGCCUUGGAAUAUUUGCAUUUGUACUACUCACAGUGGGCUAUGUUGUUAAAGUUAACGAUAUUCGUAAUCCAGAUGAAAAGGAUUGGAACGAUUUUCUGGCUGGUUUUAAGAAUGUUCAAUUCUGCAUGGUGUCGGAUGACUCUGACGCUGCCAACGCUACCGACGAUGAAAGUCAUUUAGGAAGCAAGAACUAUAAGGAAGUGAUUUCUGAUGUACAUUCCAAGUUGAAAGGUGAAACUGAACAAACAACCCAAAAUCCCAGUAGUUCAGACGACAUUGUUAUGGUAUCAGUGCCACUAUGGGUAGAGGUGAAACCGACACUAGAUUUUGUGAGCAUCCCACACAAUGUGACGCAUCUGAGUACCAGCAUGAGUGGUAGACAAAUGGGAAUGGAAGGAGAAAAUGCUAAUACAGAAUUUAAUGUGACAUUUACACUCCCCUACCCGUGGAAUGCCUCACUGUGCCAUUCUCAUACACAGUGUAAAGUUAUACAUAUACAAACAUGUGUAAAGCUGCAAGCACCGCAGAAACUCUUUCCACAUUCCAGGAAACCAAGUGUUGGUCAGUGUGAGACAGCAAAUGGUACGGGUGGAGUUGAGAAUCAUUUUAAAAUGGUCAGUAAGAGGAAAUCCGCAGUUCGUCCUAUAGACAUUGUGUGUAACAGUAUGCCAUCGUUCACGAUGAAACACGAGAGUGAUCCGUCAUUAGCUAUCAUGCUUACACUGCAAGACAAAUCAGCAAUCAAUCUCCAUCUGAUGCACACGACCUACUUCCUGUUUGUGAUGGUGAUCACGAUGAUGUGUUACGGUCUUGUUAAAGGUCGUCCAGCAACCGUUAAAGUGAAAAAUAAUGUCCAGUAUACAGAGGUGUCAACUCAAGUUUAGUGAAUGAAAGAAGAUAAAAGCCACAGAAUAGUUGCUAAAUCAGCAUUCUGAAUGACUUUGAAUAGUUGCUGAAUCAGCAUUCUGAAUGACUUUGAAUGACUUUACUAUAGAAAGUAGCCAUUAUUGUUUUGUGAUAUUGUGCAUUUCAAUGCAGUUCUUGAAAACGUGAUACUCAGCUCAGCCGUGGAGCUACAUAGUGGGAUUAUAUAGCGAAAGUAGUGUAGAGCGAUGCUAAGCAUUUCAGGGUUAUAUUUUUGUCAUAGUGCUAUUUGUUGUUUUCAUGUCUGUUGGUAUAUUUAUAGACACUAAACUUGAAGGUGUGUGUUAUUUAUGUAAACAGAUUAUUUAUUAUUUCCAUUAUGAUGUUUUUAUAUCCAUAUUUGAUAUGUUUGUACAAAGUGGGGAAAUAUUUUGUGGUAAUAUUAAUGCAUUUAUUUCUGACUUAAUAGAAUCAGUGGCUUAGUGAUGGUUGGUAGGUUGAACUAUAGUGCUGACAGUCCAGGUUGGAAUCUCAGUUACAAACUGAUAUCCCAAACAGUGUACGGUUCUUAGUAAAUAUGUAAAUUCACCAAACUGAUACAGUUUUCAGCAGUGUCAUCCAAGAGAGUAUGCUGUAGGCGUACAUAUGACUGGAUUGACAUGAAAUACUGGUAGAUUGUUCAGUCCAUUCCAGGUUGGGACUUUCCUCAGCUACCCACAUUGAAUAAGAAACCGUUAUCCUUACUUUUAAAAACAGUUCUUAUAGUGUUUUUAGGGUUUUUUUAAAAGUUCAAGAUUGUAUAUACAUUGUAUACAUUGUAUACAUAUAUAUACAUAAAUGAGCCACGCCAUGAGAAAACCAACAUAAUGCGUACGCGACCAGCAUGGAUCCAGACCAGCCUAUGCGUCUGGUCAGGAUCCAUGCUGUUUGCUAACAGUUUGUCUAAGUGUAAUAGGCUUCAAAAGCGAACAGCAUGGAUCCUAACCAGAUUGCGUGGAUGCGUAGGCUGGUCUGGAUCCAUGCUGGUUGCAAACACACUGUUGGUUUUCUCAUGGCGCGGCUGAAAUAUCCUUUAACUACUGUACAGAAACUCAUUAUCUUAAUUCGGAUGAGGUCGGGUAAAAUUUUAAAGCUUCAUCGAAUCAGCCUGCAGAUUUCAAUGAUUUUCAUGUACAGUCGAACUUUGUUCACUCGAACUUGUUUAAUUCAAACACCAAACAUCUUAAGGCCCAAGUAAAAUCCCUGUAUAAUGUAUUCAUAACUAUAUCAUGACAUCAGGAGUUCUAACUGACCAACCAGAGAGUUUCAUUUUCAAGUACCUUCCAGUUUCCACUUGUGUAAAAGGAAGUAUUUUUACAAUGAACAUAUAUUGACUUUAGAAGUAAAUAUCACAUUAUUUCAGAAAUCAAAUUAGAUUUUUGACUGCAUAUGCCACAGACGAUGUUACAAAAGUUCCAUUGAAAUAUUACAUUGAUUUAUUAAUAAUACUUUGAUUUUAGUUUAAAGUUUGAUAUUUUACACAGGGAGUCUGUGAUAAAGUCCAAGUAAAACGUAAUCAUUACCCAAGUGAAAUUAGUACCAUUCUGCAAUGUUUUGGACAUGUUAAAAUUAUGAAUACUGUUUGAUGACUCAACCUGUCUAUAACUGGAUCAAAUUUUGACAGUUCCGUCAAGUUCGAGUGAAAAAAGUUCAACUUUAUUAUAUAGUCCCAACAGCCUGCUUCUUUGGAAAUACAUGUAUUGGGUCUCAGGGGUUUAUUUAAGGAUUUGACAUUGUACCAGAUGUCAGGGUUCUUUGUUUGUCUUGUUUGAUGUCAUUUAAUUUAACAAGUAUUAUUGCACAUGUGAAUGUUGAUCUUACGUUAAGCUAGAAAGUUAAAUAAAAGUAGUCCUUACCCUGCUAAAUUUCUAUAAUGAACUUGUCCAUCUUUCAGUUUGGACAUUACCAUUUACGUUAAAGGGGGUGCAUGCCGAAAAGAUACUGACUGGAUAGCGAACAGUGCAGAUCGUGAUCAGACUGCAUGGAUGUGCAGGCUGAUCAUGAUCUACACUGUUCGCAAAGGCAGAAUCAGUCCUGUCCAGUAUGAUAAGGGUUAAGUGUCUGCAAUUUAAUAUUAUUGUUUGAGUAAAUCACGGAAGAGUAACUGAUAUGAUGUCACAUAAACUGUUAGUAUUAUAGGGUCGUUUUUCAAAGUUAUUUGUUGUAUUAAUGUUAAUAGUCUUGUUAUAACAGUUUUUAUCCAGUUGCGUUUUGAUUUACAUGUGGCAGUGUCUUAAUUUCUGUGAGUGUAUUAGGUAUUAAGAAGACUAACGAGGUUUACUCAAAUACAUUUUCAUUAUCAUGAAAACCAUUGAGAUAUUUCUGAAGAUGUAUUGAUGUUCAAUGUAAAUUUUGAUAUCAUACAUAGAAAAGCAGUUUAGUGGUAACCAGUGGAAACACAUAUGCCACAGCAAAACACAGUUGCAUUGAAGCAUAGAGAAGCUUGUUGUCAUUUAGUUUUAUGGCCUGGUAGGAAUGACACUCAUAAAUCUUUCCAGAUGGGGACUUUCUUUCUUCUGUCAAGGCGGUGAACCAGAUUUUCUUGCUGAUGAGACAUUGAAGACACUUUAUUUCUUGGGAUUUUGUCAUCUUUAUCAUUAUUUAAGAAAUGAUGUAUAGGAAAACUGUGUUUUAACAUUAUUAAUAUAAGAAAAGAGGUUAUACUUGACAUCGGCUGAAUAAUUUCAUGAGGGCCUAGCAAGAGUGAAUUAUACUGGUGACGUAUAACCGAUUUUGAGUGUAUUAAUUUAAGAAAAACACGAUUUUGCUAUACAUUAUUUCAGUUUUAAUAUGCCCUUAAUCUAAAGCAGUAGAUAAGAUAUAGUAGCGCUCUUUCUUGGUCACAACAACACAUUGAUGUCAUCACACGUUAACGUGACGUCAUUUUAGCAUAAUCAUCUUUUAAUAGAAACAAGCAUAUUAGAAUGUAUCUUAAAGCAUAACAGAUUUAUUCUCCGGCCAGGAACUUAAUGAAAGCCCCUCAUAUAUGUUAUUUAAAAGUGUAUAGUGAACAUUUGUUUUCUUUAUGGCUUUUGCUGAGGUAUGUAUGUAAUUGUUGUUAAAGACUGCAGUGAAAAUGAUAUUGAUGCAACGCACAGUGUAUUUCAGUAGUACAUUUCACCGAGGUCCAUACAACUGCAUAUUGGAUGAAGCAAAGCCUGUAUGUAAUGAAGCGUUUAUAAUCUCCCAUGAUUUUAGCAAAAAAUAAAUUCAUAAGAUGUAGGGCUUAGAUGUUAAGCCAUUCUUCAUUGUGUAGAAUAUAGGCCAAUGGUAUAUUAUUUAAAAUUGAAAUAUAUUUUUUCCUGAGAUUAAUUUAUUAGACAUUAUACUGACCAAAGAAGUAUAAAAUACACAGAAUGGCAACUGGCUGUAAUCUCGCGUGAGCUCGUGUCGGAGCGCGAUUCGGCGUUAUCUUACUAAAAACAAACAUCGGCGAGCAUGGAGUUACAAUUUUUACCUUUAAAACUACAUUUAAAAUACAUGUUAGCUUCUUAAACAAAAUUAGUUUAAUUUGAAAUGGUUUUAAGACACGCAGUACACGUUUUUUUUUGCCAUCGAAAGAAGCGUGGUCAUAAAGUGAUAAUUAUUUUACCGAUGAAUAAUUGCUUUCGCAUACAAAAUGGCGCGUGGAGAAAGCGCCACUUCCGGUAAACGAGAUCUCGUUUUUUUGUCACGGGAGGUUGGCGUGAUUUGCUCUAUAUGCCUUUCAAGUUGCCAAUCUAUUUAUUUUUAUAGCUCUUUGUACUGACACAAAAUAAACCGUUUUAAUGAUGCAUGUGGAAUUAUGCAUUGAUGUAAAUUAUUGCUGUAUUGACUUUAAAGGCACUGGCCUCCAGGUCGUUCGACAACAAAAGGAUAAUUUUUUAGAUAUUUGGAAAUAAAUGCUAUAUUUCUUAAAAAUUGUCAAAAGGUAAACAAAAUAUUAAAUUUCUGAUUCUUACAGAUUUAUAAUAACAAUUCUUUUCUUUUUAAGUAAUACAUUUUCAUGAAUAGAGCCAGGACACUAAACCAGUUUGAAACAGUUAUAACCAUAAUAAAAUGGACGUUUUGUUUUGCAAUGGAAGAUUGUCUUUUUUAACAGGACAAAAUGCAUAUUGUUGUUGAGGAAAUUGCAUAUUGUAUUUUAAUUUUUUGUAAAUAAUUCCAGAUGUUUAUAUUUUGAUAUUAUGUUAUUGUUAUUGUUCCUUCUUGUUACAUGUUAAUGUUUUUCUUAGUGCUUAAAAUCAUUCACCCUUACCGUGCUAAAUUUCUGUAAUGAACUUGUCCAUCUUUCAGUUAGGACAGAUCCAUUAAUUGCUAGAAGGGGUGCUUGUCAAAAAGAUACUGACUGAAUGGCAAACAGUGCAGAUCAUGAUCAGACUGCACAGAUGGUGCAGGCUGAUCAUGAUCUACACUGGUCACAAAGGCAGAAUCAGUCGUGUCCAGCAUAAUUAGGGCUAAGUGAUACUGUGAAAGCAUUUGAUAUUGUGGGCCGAAAUUCAUGGUUUUGGCUAAAAAGGACUGUUUCAUUGGGAUAUGAAGUUUUGGAUUUUUUCAGUUUUUAGUAAUAAAAUGGACAAAAUAAUGAAUAUCCAUGAAAAUCAGUCCCCCACAAAUAUCGUUGAUUUCACAAAAGUUGUGUUACAGUAGUACAUUACAGUCCCAGUUCAAAAUUUAUUUCAUCAAUUACCUAAUAGUAUGUAGAAACAUUUUUUUCAUCUCAUUCACUAUUGUAAAAAGAUCAUUGCAUAUGUGGGAUAUUUAAAAUUGGUAUUCAUAUUUUUAUUUUUUUUAUUAUUAGAAUGAUAAACUUCUUAAAUUUUUUAAGCAUUUUCAUGAAAUUUGAAAAUUGUGAUUGACCUUUGACCGUCCAUUCUUUCUCUUUUUUUUAUAUGAUUUUUCAGGUGGACUAUUGUGUUCCACAGAUACAUUCCAUUUGAUUCUUAGGUCAAGGUCAAAACAAGGUCAAAUUAAACUGUAAGGUUUGUAUUGAGAUCUGUAACAUAGACUUUGAUAAUACAAUAAGGUCAAGAACUAGGACACGAUAAAGAAAUUGACUUUAUACCAAAUAGACUAACACCCAACAUCUGUGUUUAUUACACAAUUUUUCCCAGUCUAUUUAUUAACCAUGCAGUGAUUUAAUCAAAGCAUGGAUCGAUUUCAUUAAAACUUGCUUUAUCUUAAUACCACAAGGAUUUUUCUGUACACCAAACUAAUUAAAAUUGAGCAAAAGAAAAACAUUCCUUUGUAUCAAAUGUACUUGUUUUGAAACUUUGAUAAUUUAAAUGAAUAAAAGAAUACAAAAUAA